UGGUAAAGUGAACAGCCUCUUUCCAUUACUAAGGGCACCUUGUAACCAAAGUCAUAUAGAAGAAGGGCUUGUAUGACAGAAGAGGCAAAAAAAAGUCAGGGCAGUUCACAAUGCAGCUGGUAUCGUAUUUCUAACCAACAAGGCAAUGGCAAGGAGAAGGCUAUUUUAAUGAGCCAUUCACAAGUCAGGAGGUGGAAGGAAAAGAAAGAAGGGAACAGAGCUUGGCCACCAGCUGCCAGCAGUCCUCACCACCAAGAGCUCUUUCAGGUUUUCAUUCAGGUUGACAGACGAACAAAAGAAUAAACCAUGUCUGAAAGCACAGAGAGAAAAUCAAAAAUUCCAGCUUCCAGAAGGCUACUUCUGAAGACUCUUAUGCUUCAGAAGGCGACUGAGGAGCUGGAAAAAGAGAAGAGAGAGGCAGAUGAGGAGAAGACAAGGAUUCUAGAUGAAAAGGUUCCAUCUUUGCAAAUUGCUGGGCUUUCCCUCCAGCAGCUGCAGGAACUGUGCACAAAAUUACACAAACAAAUUGAUUCAGUAGAUGAGGAACGUUAUGACAUUGAAGUAAAAGUAAAGAAGCAUGACAUAGAGAUUGAAGGUUUAACUCAAAAGAUUUUUGACCUGAAAGGAAAAUUCAAGCGGCCCAACUUGAAAAGAGUGCGUAUCUCGGCAGAUGCUAUGCUCAAAGCCCUUCUGGGAAACACACACAAGGUUUCUGUAGAUCUAAGAGCCAACCUGAAAUCUGUGAGAAAGGAAGAUGAGAAGGAAAAGACAGUAGAAGUUACUGAUUGGCGUAAGAACAUUGAAGCCAUGUCUGGCAUGGAGGGCAGAAAGAAGAAAUUCGACACCAGCAAUGCUUAAAAACCAAGACCUGGAGAUGGUUCCCGAAGACUUGCAACAUUUCAUAGAACUUCUGACUAUUAUGUAAAAAUGGAUACAAGAAUACACAAAGCAUCAUAACAUUCUGAUUGCUGAAAUAUUUAUGGUUCCUUUAAUAUGUAAAAAAAAAUGUAUAAUGUUCUUUUUCAAAAACCUUUUCACAUAACUGAGCAACUACCCAGGUCAUGGGAUAUUGCACAGAGGGCUGCCAUGUUUCACAGCUGGUGGGGAAGAGCUCAAACCUGAGCAGUUUGUCUUUUGGAUGAAUUCACACAAGCAGAGAAUAUGUCUCAUGUGCCAUGAUCCUUAGAGAUGAUGCUUUGGAAGUGUAAAUAGGUCAACAUCCUGAGAUUCAUCAGAGAUUUGCAUUCUUUAUUCUAAAAAAAUUAAAAUCACUGUGAAAAACACAACCUUUUUCUUCUUUCUUACCCCCUAUAAAAAGCUAUUAUAGAAAGCAUUUCCUGUUUAUGGGGUCAAGUAGGCUUGUGCGAUGGCUAGAUUUUAAAAAAUGUGAGACAUGGAUAUAAUUCAACUGAAAACGAAUCUUUAUGGGGGGGUUAUUUACUGAUCUUAUAUUCUGCUGCAAAAAAAUCUAUGGCAUUUUAGUCAUGUAUGACAGGCAGCAAUACAUUGGACUAAUAAAUGUAUUGGACUGAA